AUGCACUGGAAAAGCUGGGCGAUUGCGCUCAGCGUGGUGACGUUUUGUCUAGCUGACGAGGCUCCAGCCGGAUUUCCAGAGGACCAUAUCGAUUUGGUUUUUCCCAUGAAAAUGAAAUACGAGAGUCAUCUCCGCCAGCACGAUCUCCCACCACACUUCAUUGGUGCCAAUGAGACCAACUUAAUCCCGUUGACGCUUCGAAUGGAGGGUUCUAGAAGGAAACGAUGCUCGUGUGGAUGCUCCGGAUGUGAUAUGUUCCCGAACCGAAGCUGUUGCUCGAGUUCCUGCUGCUCAUCUCAAAAACCCAUCCCACUCGCUUGCUGCCCUCCACCUCCACCACCAAAACCCUGCUGCCAACCAGCAUUCGGUCCAUGUUGCCCAGCAACCCCAAACUGUUGCCCCAAACCCUGCUGCCGUGGUCGCCGUCCAGAAUACGAGGAAUACGAAGACGAGGAGGGCAAUCCAGGAGGCGUUCCAGCACCACCAAAUCCUCCAAGAACCUGCUGCCCACCACCAACACCAGCUGCUCCUCCACCACCUCCACCUCCACCACCCCCGGCCCCUGAGGCUCCCACUCAAUGCUGCCCAGGUGCUCCAUACGGCAGAACUCCCUGCAGAUCCGGAUGUCCGAAUGGGGACUGUGGAUGUGGAAGACCGUGCUGUUAUUAUCAGAAUCCAACAUGUUGUAACCAGGGUCAGAAGGCGUGCUGUCCUCCAGAGCAGCCAUGUUGUCCGGAGCUUAAGCUGGAUACCAGUUGUCUGGCUGCCGUACCACCAUGCCUCAGAGCUUGUCCAUCUUGCCCAUGUAGAAAACGAUUGAUGUUGGGAAAACGAAGCAAACGAGCCGCGCCAGGACUCCAUUGUCAGCCAGUUGGUCUCCUCGGUCAACAAUCCCCACCAACGCUCAUCUCUCAACCAGUCAAGACCAUUGUCAAGUCUCGAGCCAAAGCAGCUGGCACCAAAACCGCGCCAGUAUCAGUCACCAAAAAGCUGAUUGAACAAUCCUCGGACCACGUAGAGUCCCCACCAACCGCCGGUCGUUUGUACGACUUCCGUAGAGCUCACGUCAGAGUUAAGCGUAAUUUGGGAGGCGAGGGAGGGUGUCAGUUGUGUCUGAAUGGAACUCCGUUGAAGAGAACGAAGAGAUCCUUUGAUUGUGUGCCAUGUACUUAUCUUCAACCACAAUACUCGGAUUGGAAUCCAUUCCUUGGUGAUCAACGACCAAGAGGAUCGCAGUCACCAGUGGGAACACCGAUCGCUGGGCAUAGAACCAAGAGAGCUGGAUGCUUGCCACAUCCCCAAUGCACGGUCCAUGUCCGUCGCUACAAACGUAACCUAAUCGGAUCGCAAUACUGUGAGCCUUGCAACGGUCACUACGGACGUAAGAAGAGAGAAGCCGAGAGAGAUCAAUGCUUGAGACGAGAGAAACGAUACGCAGAUGAGCAGUGUGAUAAUGAUGAGUUCAGUAUUAAUGAGAGGAGCAAACGACAGGCAUAUAAUCCGAAAGGAAUCUUGGAUAUUGUGAAGCUGUUGUCAAAGGCGUCGUCGGGAGGCAAUAACCCAGGAGGCUGCAUGAAAUUCCCGGCAUGUGUGUUAGCGCAAAAGAAGCGCAGAAAGCGUAACGCUGAUCGACUAGAGAAGUACUAUCAAGCAGUUGAGGAGCACAGAAAGCAAGUCGAGGAAUACGAAAAGGCUAUGGAAGAGCACAAACGUGUCAAAAGACAAUUCUUCGCACCGGAUAACUCAGCCGCUUGUGUUCCAUGCCCAGCUUGGGUGACGUUGGCACUGGCGAGCAGGAAGAAGAGAGAUGCGGACGGAGAAGAUGAUCAUGAGGAUAAGAAGCAAAUGACUAUUAGUGAGGCGAUUGCGGAUAUCAGGUCCAAGAAGGGAUAUAAGGAAGGGUUCGAUGAUGAUGAAGACGAUUCCUCGGAAGAAACCAUCGAAACUCGUCGUAAACAACGCAGAACCUGUCAGCAAUCAGAUGACUGUCUGAAUAAUGUUGAAUAUGCAGUUUUCCAAAAAGUCUACGCUGAAAAACGAACGAAACGAGAGGCAGUGUUCCGAAGAAAGAAGUGCACGAGAUGCGGAGUCAGUGGAUUGUCUCCACAUCGUGUUAAGAGAAAUUUCGGACAACCGAAUAUCAAUGUUUCGGAGCAGAAUUGUAUGGCAUUCCCGCAGUGUCGGCAUAGAGUGAAACGGAAUUUAUUCGGAGAAGAUUGUAAUAUAUGUACACAGGAUACCGGAUUGAAACGAAGGAAGAGAAACUUUGGAACGGCGCAAUGUUACCCAUGUCCUGGAACCCGUGCCUAA